CGUUCACCCCUAGCAUAGUCGCUCAUUCCGUUCUCAGUCGUUGCGGUGCCCUCUUCUGUUCGUCCUUCUUUUAUUUUUUUGUUUUGUCGUUUUCGCCCUCCAAUCCGUUUCUGGGGUUGGAGUGAUGCCUCCAAGCCGUUCUUUUCAAGUGUCGUCUUCCUCUGUUGUGUUGUACCAGUUUUUCGACGCGUUUUCAAUUUGAUUUAAUAUAUAUAAAUUCUUAUAUAUAUAUUAAAAAAAUUAAUUUAAUUCUUUUUAAUCUUAUUGGUUAAUAGCAAAUAUUUUUUUUUAAAUUGGAUAAAAUGUCUUGCGGAAAAUUCUUACUGUUCACCGUCGCGACAGCAUGCUGCCUGUGUUCGGUCCUUUGUGAGACUGUCAACUGUGAUAACGUCAAGUACACCCUUGCAGAAAAAGGUCUAGGAACGGACGUUCCCAAGGAUCUCAAUGUUGAUUUGUUUAUGGUGUGCGGCGAAGGGCCGUGCUGCUCGGAAGGAAUGCAGCAGCUACUCGGCUACCACAGCAAGAAGCUAUUUUCUGCCACGUUGUCGCAGACCCUUGGGAACCUGAGCACCCUUCUAAACAACAGGGCACAAAAGUUUGAUGUAAUUUUCAAGGAGAUGAUGGCAAAAGCAAAAACCGAUUUUCAUGAUAUGUUCAAAAGGACUUAUGGCAUUAUAUAUGAACAGAAUUCUUAUGUCUUCACGGAUCUUUUCAUCGAGCUGGAAAAGUACUACGCCCGUGGUCAAGUUGAUUUAACUGAAACGAUGGACAACUUUUUCAGUACGCUGUAUCAAAAAAUGUUCACCGUGUUGAACGCACAGUACCAUUUUGACAACAAGUAUUUAGAGUGUGUGACAGACAAGAUGAGGGAGUUGAAGCCAUUUGGAGAUGUUCCAAGCAAGCUGACGAACCAAUUGAAAAGAUCAUUCGUGGCAACUAGGACUUUCGUCCAGUCACUAACUCUCGCUGGAAAUAUAGUCAACAACAUACAAAAUCUUGCUAUGACUGCAUCAUGUAACAGAGCAGUGGCCAAAAUGACACAGUGUCCUGCUUGCAGUGGUCUCAAAGAGUUGAAACCCUGUUCAAAUUAUUGUACAAAUGUAAUGAAAGGCUGUCUUGCAUAUCAUUCACAGUUUGAUACUUCAUGGAAUUUAUUCAUAACUCAACUCGAUAGGGUUAUCGAACGUCUUUUAGGACCUUUCAAUAUAGAAAUGGUCGUGGAGCCGAUAAACUUGAAAAUAUCAGAUGCGAUCAUGAAUUUCCAAGAAAAUGCCCAGCCUGUUUCACAGAAGGUUUUCAGCAGUUGCGGCAAGCCGGUUCUUGGAAAAAGAAGAAGGAGGAGAGGAACAGGGGAAAUACAGUUUGAAACUCUCAAAUUUGAUACUGACGGUAAAGGAAAGAAACAACAGGUGCCUGUCGACGGGCUUGAAAAAGUUAUCAAAGACACAAGGAGCAAGAUUCGAGAAACGAAAAACUUUUGGCAAAAGUUGCCUUAUCACAUGUGCGGAACGACAGUCACUCAAGCUCAAGAAAACUGUUGGAAUGGAGAGAAAAAUGACAAAUACAGUAAGCCGAAUGUUGGUGAUGGGAUGCCGAAUCAAGUCAACAACCCUGAAGUCAUGGUGGACAUCCAUCAGCCCAACAGUUUAGUAAAUGAGCAGAUUUAUGCAUUAAAUGCAAUAGCAAAUAAACUAAAAACUGCUUAUAUGGGAAUGGAUGUCGAAUGGAUAGAUACAGAAGAAACCUUCGGAUCUGGAAGUGGCUCCGGAUAUGGACCUGAUGAUGAAGAUUCGAGUGAUGGUGGUUCCGGCAUGUUUCCCCACUAUCCAAAUUCAAAUGUCCAUCCUCCGACAGACCACCCAGUCGAGCCUGAACUUCCACGAAUCAAUGAAGAGGACAAUCGACUCUACCCAAUACCUGAUGCAGGAAAAGCAACAUAUAAUAGGACAUCUGAAAGAAGUAGUGCCUCUAAUAAUUCUGUUAAUAAGGUCCUAUUUGCAUACAUUAUGCCCAUAGUCAUGAUUUGGAUUGGCAACGCAUUUAGUGAAUUGUGGCAGUGAAAAAACUAUAUAAAUUGAAACUAAACGCAUCAAGACUGUAUUUAAUUAUUAUUUGAAAAAGGUUUAGAAACGUAAAUUUAUAGUUUUUCAUCUAAACGGAUAGCUGUUAAAAUAUUUUUUUACAUCAUUAAGUUUAUGGCUGUGCAAAGCUAUCAGAAAAAUUCAUCAGCACCUAGUAAAAUCAAAUGGAAAUUGCUUAUAUGGCUGUGCCAAAUUUUUUGAUUUGUUAUUAUUUAGCAAACAUUAAAUUAACUCACUUCAUCCCUAUCAAACAAAACUACUUUUUUCACACCAAAUUAAAGUAGCAGCAAAAAUAUAUAAACCAUAAAAUUCUUGUUCAUCACCUAGUCUAAAAUUGUAUUGACCAAAAAUGAAUAAAACAAGAAAAUUAUUAAUCUAAUUUUUAAAGAAUCAAAAAUAACUGUUUUAAAAAUUACACUGUUGAUUCAUACAUGAUUUACAUCAACAGUUUGAUUUCAAAGAUUAUUUUUUAUUUUACAGUUUUAUACUUACUUUGAUAAAUGAAUUCCUAGUCCUUUUGAAUCAGUGUCUGAGAUGUUUAUUACAGAAAGACCAAUAAUUUUUCUCAUAUUGCAAGGCUAGCAGUACAAGCCCACCCGAUAAAUUUUGUUGGUCCACAUAGACAUUUUUAUCGUAAAUUUGAAAAUUUUGAAGUGCUUUCUAAUUUUGAAGAUCGCCUUUCAACCAAUAUCAAGAUUGUAAACAUUUAAAAAAAUCAAUUUCAAAGAAGUCCGUCCAUCUGGAAAUGGAUCUCUCAUCAAACGGAAGAAAAAAAAUUAUAAAAACAAAAUCCAGUUUGAAUAUGAUUUUUUUGUUGUAACAAACUCAAUUACAAUUUUGCUAUUAUACGUACAUAAACUUGGCCAACCCAUGGAUUUAUUUAGUACUUAAUAGGAUUAAAUUAAAUUUCCCUCAGCAAUUGAUAGCGAAGAUUUGUGUUGUAGGUGGGUGCUAUGAUUUAAUUUAUUUUGCUUCGUGUUAUAAUUUUUUGUUUAUGCGAAGUAUUUUAGGGAGUUGUCUCAUUUAGGUUUAAGACACUUGUUGACCGGAGUACUGGCUUUGAAAAUUGUUUUUAUGCAAAUGGGAAAGGUUUUUAACUGCUUAUGAGUAAUAACCCAACACUAAUAACAACGCACUAUUUAAAUGUAUAUAUAGAUAAUAACAUAUAAUUUUUGUGUAUUAAUUUCAUUUCGGAUAGUUUGGCAGCAUUUAAACUUGAAAUCUGGAAUUUCCUAGGUUCUAAAAAGCGACAUUAUUUAAAAAACAAGUACCCCCCAAUAAAUACUAAAUAUAUAAACUUAAAACACUAUGUUUUUGGCUAGUCGUAUUUAUUUUUUAUUUGUAAUAUAUGUUCUAAAAUAUAAAAAAAGUGAUAAAUAAUUGUAAUAAUAGAUAUUAAGGAAUGCUCUGAGAAUAUUGUAAGUGUGUGUAUGUAUAUGUAAAUAUUUUUGAUUUUAUUGGCCCCUUGAGUGGUUGCAUUUAUAUACAUUUAUAUAAUCUUUAAAAUGUAAUGUAUUUUGAACAUUUUUACCCAUUUUGUUUGUAAUUGUGAAUAUAGUUUUUUUGUAAAUGAAUUCAGUUUUGGACCCAAUUUUGUAAAUUUGAACGUAAUCCUCUUUUGUUCCUACAAAUUUCAUUUUUUUUUUUUUUU